AGAGCCCAGCGACGCGGAGCAGGGCUGGCGGGGGAAGAAGCGGGCGGGCGAGCGGGCACGCGCGGGGGCGAGCUUCGGCGCGGCGGCCCGGAGGAGCGGGGGCGAGCGGCGCUGCGGGGCCGUGGGAGGAAGCGCUGCGCCCGGCCCGACGGCGCUCGUUGAGCCACAUCCGCGGGUCGCCGGCGACGUUGCCGGCGCCUGUCAAGGCCCCUCCAUUUUGAAGGAAGAGGCCGCCGUUCCCCCACCGCAGGGGCGGCAGCCGCGCUCAUGGCGUUCAGUCCCUGGCAGAUCCUGUCGCCCGUGCAGUGGGCCAAGUGGACGUGGUCCGCGGUGCGCGGUUCGGGCGCCGGAGAGGACGAAGCCGGAGGUCCCGAGGGCGACCCCGAGGAGGAAGAGGACUCGCAAGCCGAGACCAAAUCCCUGAGUUUCAGCUCGGAUUCUGAAGGUAAUUUUGAGACUCCUGAAGCUGAAACUCCAAUCAGAUCGCCUCUCAAGGAGUCUUGUGAUUCAUCACCGGGAUUGGCAGAACCCGAGGCCAAACCCCAAGAAUCUCGAGAAGCCGAUGAACAGUUGGUAGCAGAAGUAAUUGAAAAAUGUUCACCCGAUACAUGUUCUCGAUCUUCAGAAAAUGAAGCGCCACAGGCGACCGUCGAUUCUCACCCAGUCAAGGAUGUCAGAGGGAAGGCGGAACACGAUGUUAGCAAGAUCUCAGUAGUGAGGCCGUUUUCAAUAGAAACCAGGAAUUGUACAGAUGACCCUGCGGCUCUGGGGACAGCAGCAGCCCAUGGCUGUGUCCCCGUGCUCCCAGGCAUGGCCUUGCCUUCCACCACACCGGAAGCCACUCAGGAUGAGCCAGUGAUGGACAGAGGCAUGGGGGUUACAUUGGAGGCUUUUACAGAAGCCAGUCUGAAGACUGGAGGACCCUGUCCAGAGCCCGUGGCCAGCAGAAGCAAGCUAAGAAAGCCCAAACCUGUCUCCCUGAGGAAGAAGAUGGCCCCUGAACCGGAAAUGUUGAUGGAGGGUUCACCUCUCCCUAAGGCUUCCUCCCCAUGGCUUCCUGAUGGCUUGGAUCAGAACGCGAAUCCUAGUGUGCUGAGAGGCUCGGGGGCCCAGAGAUCUCCCCUUAACCUUAAAGAAACAGCUGGUGUUCUCAGUAACGACACCAGUGACUCGGGGGUCGAGCUGCAGGGUGGGUCCAGGGACCCACCUCUCCAACUUGAGGAUGAUUUUACAGAAGAUGGGGAGAAUGUCAAGAUCAGGAGCGCCCUUCCGAAGCAAUCUGGCAGGAAACCCAGUAACAAACUGGCACCCAGUAUACGAAAAGAUGGCGUCAGUAAGCCAGUAGGUGUUGAGCAGCCUUCAGACCCAACAGUUCAAGAUGCCUUGCUCGACCAGAUGUCUCCUAAGCUAGAUCCGAGUAAACGGAGUCAUCCCCCCGCUAAUUUCUUCGGGAGUGGCCCCAUUCUGCAGAACUCCCCACCCCUCUCCUCCAAAUGCUCCCACCACUUUGACCCAAAUAACAUUAACACUGAUGACUCCGGGGAUCCCUGCAAGCCAACCCCAGCUUUGACAAGCAGCGGCUUUUGUCCCGCCACUGGUAAUCAUGUUAAUGAAAUCUUAGACUCACCCAAGAAGGCAAAGUCACGUUUAAUAACGACCACUGAGCAAGUGAAAUUUCUCUGUUUUCUGUUGAGCGGCUGCAAAGUGAAGAAAUACGAAGCUCAGCCUCUCGAUUUGGACGCGUGUUCCCAGGAUGAAGGAGCCGUGAUCUCGAAGAUCUCAGAGAUUCCCAACAGGGACGGCCACGCGACUGAUGAGGAGAAGCUGGCCUCCACGUCGUCGUGUGCUCAGAAGUCAGCGGGGGCUGGGGUCAAAGGCAUAGAAAAGGAGACAUGCCAGAAGAUGGAGAAAGAGGAACUGGCUGUGCAUGGACUGCUGGAGUCCUCUUCAGAAAAGGCCCCCGUGUCUGUGGCCUGUGGGGGUGAGAGCCCCCUGGAUGGGAUCUGCCUCAGCGAAGCAGACAAGACUGCCGUGCUCACGUUGAUCAGAGAAGAGAUAAUCACUAAAGAGAUCGAAGCAAAUGAAUGGAAGAAGAAAUACGAAGAGACCCGGGAAGAAGUUCUGGAGAUGAGGAAAAUUGUGGCAGAAUAUGAAAAGACCAUUGCCCAAAUGAUUGAGGACGAGCAGAGGACAAGCAUGAGUUCUCAGAAGAGUUUCCAGCAGCUGACCAUGGAGAAGGAGCAGGCGCUGGCGGACCUGAACUCUGUGGAGAGGUCCCUUUCUGAUCUCUUCAGGAGAUACGAAAACCUGAAAGGCGUGCUAGAAGGAUUCAAGAAGAAUGAAGAAGCCUUGAAAAAGUGUGCUCAGGACUACUUAGCCAGAGUCAAGCAGGAAGAGCAGCGAUACCAGGCCCUGAAGGUUCACGCAGAGGAAAAGCUGGACAGAGCCAACGAGGAGAUUGCUCAGGUUCGCUCCAAGGCGAAGGCUGAGAGUGCCGCUCUCCAUGCCGGACUCCGGAAGGAGCAGAUGAAGGUGGAGUCCCUGGAGAGGGCUCUUCAGCAGAAGAAUCAAGAGAUUGAGGAGCUGACAAAAAUCUGUGACGAGUUGAUCGCAAAGCUGGGAAAGACCGACUGAGAGCCGUCCCGUGAGCUGUGCAGAUCCGAGUCUGGCUGCUUCUGUCGUGACCACAUUAUCUUGCCUUAUCCAGAAAUAAUGCCCCCCACCCCCCUUUGCAGAGAGAAGUAAUUGUUUCAAAGCACAUGCCUGCUGCUGCCAUCGUCCCCGCUUCGCCGCUGCGCUGCCGCUGCUGCUGCUGCUGCUGCUGCUGCGGCCUGGCUGGUGGAGAGGGAGUCACAAGACAGCUCUGCCCUGCGACCUGGCUGCCAGCUCCCGUUAGAGCUGCUGCUGGGUCUGGCUUGUGCUUCUACAGCCUGAGUUCAUCUAGCUGUCGUCGUCGUCUUUGCUUUUCCCAAGUUUGUGACAUUUCUAAUUUUGUGGCAACUGUGUGGGUUUAUCUUCCCAGCUCCUGUUUGAUGUUUUUAUGACCUAGUUAAUGUUUUAAGUUUUCAGUAUCAGCAGUUUUACUGAAGGGGGCAGUCUGAGUCAUCGUCACUAACACUUGGGGCUCCGAACUCCCUUUUAGUUACAGACGGACUCAUGCAUGUGUUCUCUACAUUCUGCCGCUUUUCCCCUGAGGCAUAUCCAGAUAAGACCCUCUGGGGAGGAGCGUAGUUACAGAAAGAAAUGUAGGCUCUUAUUUUGAAACAGAGCCCUAGGUCUAAAAGCCAGCUUCAGACUCGGUAGGGGCUGGGAACCUAGCUCUACUGGGGAGUGCUUCCGGUACACAGAGCCCUGGGUUCGGCCCCCAGAACUACAAACACUGGAUAUUGGAGUGCAUGCCUGUGAUCUCAACUCUCCAGAGGUGGAGGCAGGAUGACCAUAAGUCCAAGGUCACCCUCAACUACAUAGCCUCUUGGAGGCCAGCCUGGACUAUGUGAGUUCUUGCUUCAAACAAGGAGUGAGUGGAAGCAUGGGGUAUCCCAGCUAGUGGGAGGCAGGACAGGAAGAUCACUUGAGCCCAGAGUUUAAGGACAGCAGUGCACUAGGCAAACAGUCCUUUUCUUAGAAAUCAAACACCCAAACCAAACCUUGAGUCAGGGUGGAAAGGCUGAGGAUACGAGGGCCAGGGGUCAUAGCUUUCAUGGCUAAGGAAGAUUUGCCGUGCUGUCUGCUGCCCCGGUGUUUGGAUACCCCAGGACCUCAGCAUGGUCCCUUAUGCUCAUACCAAAAGCAGCAGCGUGGCCUCCCUCAGAGCUGGCCUUGGAUGCAUGCGUCCACCCCGGGGCCGAUGAGUCUCUAAAGCAAAGUCAACUUCUGUUAUUUAUUUGAACCGCACACCAGUGGGAUGUGGGAAAGGUUUAGUUGAUCUUGUUAAAAGAUGACAGAAGCCCACAUUACCAGCCAGAGAGUGAAGAGCCUAGGUUUUCCCUGUUUAAAGGCACGGCACCCUUUUAGAGACUUAAAAAUAACAGCAACAGCAACUGCUUUCAUACUGGAGAUGGGCUUUUAAACAGAACGGGCCGGCCGUAAAGAGUCCUCUGGCUCGUUCUCCAAACCAGCCCCUGGGAAUAUUCUAAACAAAGACUGCUUGAAUGCUGGGAAGGGGAGCAGGGGGGGAGGUCCACAAGACAAAGCAAAAUUCUAUGAACUCAGACUGGACUUACCCUGAGGGCGUUAAUCCCCAAAUAGACAUUUCCCUCUUUGAUGCUAGUGACUUCUUUCCAUCUAUCUAACAGGCAAAGUCAAGUCCACUCAAGUUUUGAUGCCUUUUUUUUUUUUUUUUUUUUUUUUUUGCCUUAAUCUUAUACCCUGUGUCUUCAUGGUAAAUGUGCACUAUUUAGCACACAGGCAUAUCCCUCCUUGUAAAACCAUUGCAUGAGCCGACUUCAGCAAUGAAUUGUGCCUCAUGGAGAACCUCCAUAGAUCUUAAAAACAGUGUUCCUUUAGCAGUGUGUUGCCAUGUGCUGUAACUUUUAGCCCCAGGGAAGUGAGUAAUGUCUUUUCAAGCUAGAAAUCACAUUUUUGUCAAUAUGCAUUUAUUAUAACCGGUGCUUAGGUUAGGCUAUAUUCUGAGGCCUACUGUCUUUUAACAUUUUGUACAAAAAAGAAGAAAAAAAACCCCAACAACCCACAAGCAGACAGAAGUUAUCUGUGGUUGGAGAAAUGGCUUGACAAUCAUUUGGGCUCUGAAUUUUGUCACAGUGGCUUAAUGCAAAGCCCAUAGCAGUAGACAUAGUGUCAUGUUCAAGUGUCUUCAAGGGUCAUAACCAAUGUCAGCUUAGCCGUCUUCCGCAAGGGAAGUUAAUUUUGCAUUUUAAGAAGCAACGCAGGAAUUCUUGCUAGUGUUACGGCGGCAUCAGUGUGCGCUCAUUUUAUAUUGACUUAUUUUCAGUAUGGAAAGCUUAAGAGGGUCUCCAUCGGAAAUCUCUUGUUCCCUGAUUUUUUUUUUCUUUUAAUAGUACUGAGAUUGUACCCAGGGUCUUGAACAUGCUAAGCAAGUGCUUUAUCAUGGAACUGUAUCUUCCCCUGUCAUCUUUCUAAGCAUGCAUAUUUUUAAAGUGUCCUGUGCUGUGCUGUAUGUUAGGCAUAGGAGAGGAGCAGUGGCUGUCCCUCCCUGCACACUGGCAGACGGGCCUUGAAUAACAGGCCCUGCUAAAUGAAGCUGCCGUACAGGGGACAUGAACUAGCCCUCUAAGCAGUGUUUGCCAGUGGCCUCUUAGUCAUCACCAUUACCAGGAAAAUGUUCACAACGUCCAGCUUUCGAAGAUCCUCCGCCAAGAAUAAGAAUGUAGCUUGCACAACUGGCAAAUUAAGAAAAUAUACUAGGCAGAGUAAAGUCUAUUUAUUUAUUUUGUUUUAAUUAUAUAAGCCCUAAAAAGCUUUUUAGCACCCUGGAGAGUAAAAAAUAUAAAGUCGUCUUCAACACACGCUAGGGGCCAAAAGCUUCUUUGUUAGGUGAUUAGAAGGGGGGACCAGGCAUGGUGGCACAUGCCUAUAACCCUAGCACCCUGGAGGCAGAGGCAGGGACUAAAAGUUCAGGCCUCGACUGGGCUAUACCGUGGGGCCCUUGUUUUCAAAGACUUGAAAGCUGUGUCUGGUGGUAGCGUUUGCCGACCAUGUGCCAGGCACUGUUGCCAAUCCCCAGCACUGUCAAACAAGAUAUAAAACACAGGAGAAAGGCUCACAGUGGCUUGUGGGAUAUUAGACGAUCUCAUUGAGAACCGUUUCUUCAGUUCUGCUUUGCCAAAGUACAGGCAAUUCUUAACCUGUCCGUCAGCAUUACAGACUGACCCAGCUUACGGUGGGUCGGAAAGCAGUGCUCGCUCUGUUUGGAGACCGGGAAUUCCCCUACACUUCAUAUUCUCUGAAGCUCUAAUGUGGAUUCAGGCAUCUUGAGAAACAGACCAAAUUAGGAAGUCCUGAAGCACAGGGCUGGGAGGCCCAGAGUGGAUGGGAUGAAAUCCCUGAUUUCAGGGUUAUAGCUUAACGCUAAACUUCCUUUCCAGCCAGUGGCCCUGUUCCCCCUGCAGACAUGCCUGUGUACAAAAGCUUGCUCAAUCGCUCGCUCACUGGGCAGCCCUGGGCUGAGCAUGGCAGGCCAAAGACUUCCCUUUCAGCAAAGAUGGCGCAGGCUAGAAAGGGCACUCUGCGGCUCACAGUCUCUUUAGGAUCUGUGGCCUAAGUUCAGGGCAUGCUGAAUUGAAAGUGGCGUGGCCCUUCUGAAGCCCCCUUCCCAAUUCCCCGGGGCUCCAUUUCAGAUGAUCUCUCUGCUCAGCUGUUCCUGCUGUGUCUCUGUAGGACUGUGGCCCUCUAAGCUCCCUCUCAGGUUUUGUUUGUUUGUUUUUUUUUUAAAGUCUUCUUGGGAAGAGAGAAUAUAGAUGUUGAAAGAGUAAAUGAUUUAGGCAAGGAAUUUAAAGAUGUAUCUAUUAUAGAGAAUUUUAAAGGUAACAGAUUACUAUUUACUUACUAAUGAACAGAUAGGGUCUGGGAGUCCCAGAACACCAAGCCAAAGGUUGAAGAAAUCACCUUUCAAAAAGUUUUAAUAAUGAAUUUAUUUCCUGAUGUCCAGGAAAGGUUUGACUGGCCUCCAGGUUACGAUUUUUUUUUAAGCAAUUUAACAGGGCUGGGGAUGUAGCUCAGUUGGUGACACACUUGCUCAGCAUGCACACGUCCCUGGAUGUCAUCCUCCACCCCCCCACCCCCCAGUUCUGGGGGAAAAAAAAAGAAAAAUUUACUACUAAGUCCUUCCUGUGUGGAGAGAAAAGGGAACUGCAUAUAGAGCCAGUGCCUCUCCAUAGGCCUUCUGCUAGAACAGAGUAAGGCAAGCACUUGGCACUGCAUAGACUGCACUUCUCGUAGUUUCCAUCUGAAUGCAGCCCCCCUGUCCGUGCCUCUCCGCAUGCAGUUAGAUUUGGACAAAUAAGAUUCCUGAGGAAUGACUCUCUUAAUUGCGCCGCGGUUCCAGCUUUAUGUAAACACACACACACCCCAGUUAUAGUUCUAGUUUGGAGAUGCUGCUGCCAUGUUGGCCUCAGGUAGGCUGUGUGAUGUUUUCACCACUCAGAGGCCGCCAAGUGUGGGGCUGAGGUCUGGCCUGAACCUUCCCUGUAUGGUGUCUUCAAUACCAACUGUCAGGAUGCCUCUCUUAGGCCCCUGCCUUCUCGUAGUUUCUGAGAAGGCCCAGCAAAAAUGCUUCCCACCCUCAGUUAAUAGUAACUGAUUCUACUAUUUGUAAUCUUUCAAAUGGACACAUAGAAAUCUGAACUCUGAAACCACAUCCAGACCAGAUACAGGGCAGUGUGACGGUCACACCCGCAGCCUUGGCUUUGACCCUUGCAGUCCUUGGGACAGGAUUCAGGCACCCUGUUAAGUCUCCAAGGCAUCGGUCAGCUUUCCAGUCCUGCUGUUAGCGAGUCUGUGUUUGCCAAUACAUACCCACUGUACUAACGUGCCAAGUGUUUAUUGCACAUUUGCUCCCACUGUGUCCCAACAACCCCAGCCCCUCCCCUGCCUCCUCGUGCCCUGGAGUGCGUGAGGAGACCCUCACUGGGGUGGAGGUGGAGGGAGGCACACACUGCCUUGACUCCUGCUGUCAGGACGGUGUUGUGUGGAGCAAUCAUCCUCAUAGAUUUUAUACACAUAGUAAUUUCCCUUUUUAUAUGUCAGGUAAAUAUUUGUAAAAGUUAUACUCACACAAAAGAAAUUAUUAUGAUAAUUACUAAUAUAUUUUUUCCAUGUUUCAUUGCCUGAAUAAAAACCGUUUACCACUGUUGCA